UAUAAAAAUCGCAAAAAAAAGGAAAAAUAUUGGAAAAUCUCCGGCUAGUUACAGUUUCAGAGAUUGCCGCAUGAACACGAAUUCGAAGCAGUUGAACUCAAGCAAACCUUAUAUGCUUUUCUUCUUCCUGUUCGAUUCUUUUGAUUCUCUGUGACGCCAUAUACUAUAUCUCAACUCUACCGCAACUGACAACUGUUAUGGCUUCUAAUUCUGACGGAAACGUUGAAGAUUCGGCUUCCAUGGCUUCAAACCAAAUCAUCUACCUUCACGGAGAUCUGAAGUUGAAAAUCGUCAAUGCUGAAAACUUACCUAACAUGGAUUUAAUCUCUGAGCGUCUCCGCCGUUGCUUUACCGCCUGCGACACCUGUCGACAUCCGUCCGCCUCAGAGGACUCCAAACAGCGACGACAUCACCGAAAAAUCAUCACCAGCGAUCCUUACGUUACUGUUUCUCUUGCUGGAGCUACGGUCGCCCGCACGCGAGUUAUCCCUAAUUCCCAAGACCCUUGCUGGAACGAAGAGUUCAACAUUUCCCUUGCUCAUCCGACCGCCAAUGUCGAAUUCCAUGUUAAGGAUAAUGACAUAUUCGGUGCUCAGCUCAUCGGUGUUGUUCUGGUUUCUGCUCAGAGAAUCAUAUCUGGAGAGUUCAUUAAUGAACCGUUUUCGGUGAUUGGACCUAACGGAAAACCGCCCAAACCUGGUUCAGUUCUUUACCUGCAAAUGCAAUUUACUCCCGUCGAGACUAAUCCCUUGUAUCGACAUGGCAUUGCAGCAGAUCCAGAUCAUUUGGGUGUUCGACACACUUACUUUCCUCUGAAGAAAGGAGGGUCAGUGACUCUUUAUCAGGACGCACAUGUUCCCGACGGGAAGCUUCCGGAGAUUGAAUUGGAGAACGGAAAUAUUUUCCGUCAAGGCAAGUGCUGGGAAGAUAUUUGUCAUGCCAUAGUGGAAGCUCAUCACUUGAUUUAUAUUGUCGGUUGGUCUGUCUACCAUAAGGUGAAGCUACUCAGAGAGCCAACCCAGCCGUUGCCGAGAAGUGGAGAUCUGACACUGGGUGAGCUGCUCAGGUACAAGUCGCAAGAAGGAGUACGGGUGUUGUUGUUGGUUUGGGAUGAUAAGACCUCCCAUAGCAAUCUCUUCAUCAAUACGGCUGGUGUGAUGCAAACUCAUGAUGAGGAAACCAAGAAAUUUUUCAAGCAUUCAUCAGUCAUUUGUGUGCUAUCGCCUCGUUAUGCCAGCAAUAAGCUUAGCGUUGUCAAGCAACAGGUUGUUGGUACCCUUUUUACACAUCACCAAAAAUGUGUGUUAGUGGAUACACAAGGACCUGGAAAUAACAGAAAAAUUACUGCAUUUAUAGGUGGGCUUGAUCUUUGUGAUGGCCGCUAUGACACACCUGAUCAUCGAUUGUUUCGUGAUCUUGAUUCUGUGUUUCAGGAUGAUUAUCACAAUCCUACAUUCCCUGCAGGAACCAAGGCUCCAAGGCAACCAUGGCAUGAUUUGCACUGCAAAAUUGAAGGCCCUGUUGCAUAUGAUGUGCUUAAAAACUUUGAGCAGCGUUGGAGAAGAGCAAGAAAAUGGUCAGAAUUUGGACGGCGUUUCAAAAGGGUUUCUCAUUGGCAUGAUGAUUCUUUGAUAAAGAUAGAACGGAUAUCAUGGAUUCUUAGUCCACGUGGGGAUCCUAAUUCACAAUCUGUUUCUCCUGAUGAUUCUACCCUAUGGGUUUCUGGGGAAGAUGAUCCUGAAACCUGGCAUGUUCAGGUUUUCCGAUCUAUUGAUUCUGGGUCACUAAAAGGAUUUCCUACCAAAAAUGUUCAUCAAGCUCAUGAGCAGAACCUUGUCUGUGAAAAAAAUCUGGUGAUAGAGAAAAGCAUUCAAACUGCAUAUAUCCAGGCAAUAAGAUCUGCCCAGCACUUCAUAUAUAUCGAAAAUCAGUAUUUUGUUGGAUCAUCUUACGGAUGGCCAUCUUACAAGAGUGCAGGUGCUGAUAAUCUAAUACCAAUGGAAUUGGCGUUGAAAAUUGCUAGUAAAAUAAGAGCUAAGGAGAGAUUUGCAGUGUAUGUUGUAAUACCGAUGUGGCCUGAGGGUAUCCCUACUUCUGCCUCUGUUCAAGAAAUUCUUUAUUGGCAGGGCCAAACAAUGCAAAUGAUGUAUGAAAUUAUUGCAAAGGAACUAAAAUCUGUGCAGCUUGAGAACUCACAAGUUAAUGACUACCUGAAUUUCUAUUGUCUUGGUAAACGGGAAGAACUACCCAAGGAUAUGCUUGGUUCAAGUAGUCUAGCUUCUACUAAUGGUGAUACGGCAUCAGCUGCCCAAAGAUCCCGCCGAUUUAUGAUUUAUGUACAUGCCAAAGGAAUGAUAGUAGAUGAUGAGUAUGUCAUCUUAGGGUCUGCCAAUAUCAAUGAACGAUCUUUGGCUGGUAACAGGGACACAGAGAUAGCUAUGGGUGCUUAUCAACCUCAUCACACAUGGGCUGUGAAGAAACGCCCACGCGGUCAGAUACACGGUUAUAGGAUGUCUCUCUGGGUGGAGCACCUUGGUGUAGUGAAGGACUGCUUCUUGGAGCCUGAGAGUGUGGAUUGUGUGAGGACUGUGAACAGUAUGGCUGAAGAUAACUGGAAGAAGUUUACAGCUGAGGAGGUUACAGAAAUGCGUGCCCACCUUCUCAGGUACCCGAUCCAGGUGGAAGCUGACGGAAAGGUGGGCCCUUUGCCUGGGUACGAGAAUUUUCCUGAUGUUGGUGGCAAGGUACUCGGCAACUAUACGUCUCUCCCUGAUGCUCUGACCACAUAGCUCCAACCAUUUACAUUGUAGAUUAAUUCUGAUAGAUUGACGAGUGCGUUUAUGCUUUGUAUUUUUUAUAUUACAUUUAAAAAUAGAAUAAAAAUGAAUUCCCGUGUAAAACUUUCCAUUUACUGUAGGGGUUCAGUUUGUGGGAAUAGGGUCUACUAGAAUCAGACUUGGAAAUUUCAAUCAUUUGUUGGGUGGAAUCAGAAUUCGUUAAAUUCCUGGUGGAAUGGCAUUCUCUCAUUUAAGAGAAUGGCCAUUUCUUUCCCUCUCUUGAGAAUAAGAAUGUAUUCCAGUUGAUUCUGAUUCCAAUUUUGAUUCUUGUCUGAAUAGAUCA